AAAUAUUUUUACAAUUUUAAAGUAAAGCUAAUAAUUAAAAUUUAAAGUAAAACUAAUAAUAAAGUUAAAGAAUUAUGUCUGCAAAUAUUAAAAACUGGUCGCCUGCAGAAGUAGCCAAAUGGCUGUUAGAUAAUGGAUUUAAUGAAAAGACUGCAGCCGAAUUUGAAAGGCAUGAAUUAACUGGUGACUAUUUAUGUGACCUUACAGAGCAAAUGCUGACAGAGCUUUUACCUUUAAUAAAAGAUCGGAUAAAAUUUAUUCGUCUUUUGAAAACAACAAAACAAUCUGUUUCAGCAACAUUAGAUAAUUCUGAAUCUAGCUAUACUGCAGUUGUAUCAAGUGUUAUUAGUGUAAAUAAUGAAAAGGGCGAAACAACAAACAGUGGCAGUUUUCCAGAAAUUGAAGAAGCUGAAUGUGUACAUAGCCAGGUGCAAGAAUUUCCUUUUGUAUAUCAGUUGCCACUUUUUCAGGAUAAUGUUGUAGCUAAGCUACAAUGUCAAGACAAGGCUAGUUUUGGUUUAGGCUCAAAAAGCAAAGCACUCUUAAUUGAUGCACUAUUUGAUGACUUAAAAAGGCGUGAUAUUUUGUAUCCAACCAGAAGAAUAUAUUCUGCUGUUAGCUCAGCAGUUAUAUUAAAAUAUCUUUUUUUGGCUGAUUAUGAUGGAAGUAGUGUAAUGCAAUUACCAUUACCAUUUUAUAUAUUAUUGAUUAUAUUUAUAUUUGUCAUCAUUUGUUAAAUAAGAAAAUUGUAUUGUAAAAUUUAAUAUAUAUGUCUAUUUCACAUUUUAAAUAAGUAAUUUGAGUUUAGAAUACUAUUAGAGUAGCUCUUCGAAGGAAAUUUAAAAAAUACAGACAACCCCUUUGUAGCGAAAUUUCAAUUGCUGUAACAAGAGAAAAAUUUGGAAGGCCUGGUGUUUCGGGAAGAAAACGAAAAGUAGAUCAUGUUGAAAUUAAUCAUCCUGACAACAGUACCCUCUCAAAAACAGCUCGAGUUAAGAUGUUAAAAGUAUAUCAUGUCAAAAAUGUAUAUUUUGGUUACUGUUCACAAGCUGAUUGUUGUAAGAUAAUAUACCACUCUAUGUACAGUUGUAACUUCUUUUUAUUAGUUGGCUAAUGUGGUACAAGGUGAGGAUGACAUAAGCAUAAAAAAACAUCAAGAUGCUUUAAAAAAAGAAAUAAAAAAACAGACACCAAGCUUUGAUAUAAUCAAAGAUAAAAUGAAAAGAGCUUGUGAGUACAGACAACUUUUCUGCCAUGCCCACACAACUGCAGAAGUUCUGGAAGAAUUUCCGUGUUUAUGACUAAAUAUUUUUUUUACAGCAGAUGUGCUUUUGCUGUAUGGUGUAGAUGUAACCAAUUUAAAAAUGAAAUUUCUAACCCUUUAUGAUGGUGUGAUCAAAAAAGCAGCCAAAAGAUGCAAAAAAUAUUGUAAAUAUUCAAGAAUGAUAAACAAAUAUUUAGAAGAAACUUUGGACAAUGAUAAACAACAGGAUUGGAAGGUGAUGUUUGUUACAUUGCUGUUACCCUCAUUAUUUGGGGAGAAAGAAGAAUUGUUUUUUCCCUUACCAAAGCAGCAAAUACCACUUAGUCCAGUCAUAUUGUCACAAGACGACGAGUGGAAUAUAUCAGUCGACAAGGAAGUUUUGUUUCCUAAAACUAUUUGCACUUUUUCCGCGGCUUUUCAAGCAUGGUUUGCAGCAUUUUGGAUAUUCAGCAUUGAAUUCUCAAAAGGAUUGUCCAAUACAUAUCAAUUUUUAGAAAAAGUGCUUCUUGGUGGGAAAGGAAAAGUGCCAAAUAUUGUCAGCAAAUGGGGCAACCGUCUUUGGCACUAAGUUUUAUGACUUUUGUUUUUUGUCUGUUUUUGUUGUAAAUCUUUAUAAUUUAUUUAUGUUUUUUUGUCACUAAAUUCGAAAAAACUUCUGAAUAUUUGCAAUAUUUCUAAA